AUGUUUCAUCUCGACAUGCUCUCAAUUGUCACUGAACGUAUGGCCGGGGGCAACGUACGGAACUAUAUCGAGACGUCAGUGGAUUACAGACGGCUAUCCGAGGGGGGACGUGUUGCCAAGCUCAGUCUAUGGCUAAGACAGAUAGCGGAGGGGCUCAAGUACAUGCACGACGAAGGCGUCGCUCACGGUGACUUGCGCGGGAGAAACAUCUUGAUAGACAGCAAUAGCGAUCCGAGCUGCAACCGGAUCGACAUCGCCGAAUUCAGGCUGUCGCUCUACGUCGAGGCCGCCAGCCAGGCGUACAAGUCGAGCCGGACAGGGAACCCGCGGUACCUCGCGCCCGAAUUGCAUCUGCGGCAGGACAGUGCGGACGGCGCUGCCGGCAGGAUCGUCGCGAGGCUCGUCGGCGGGAAUGCGCGCUCCAGCCCUGCU